GCUGGCUCGGCCCUGCGGAUCCCUCCGCCGCGUUUGCUGUUGUGAGGCAUAGGAAGCCGCCAUUUUGGGUGCUGGGAGUUGAUAGCGAAGUCGGCUUUGUGGGUCUUUCGCCUGGAUUCAAUCACGAGGAACAGCACAGCAUGUUGGGCUCUGGAUUUAAAGCUGAGCGUUUACGAGUCAAUUUGAGAUUAGUCAUAAAUCGUCUUAAACUAUUGGAGAAAAAAAAAACGGAACUGGCCCAGAAAGCAAGGAAGGAAAUUGCCGACUAUCUGGCUGCUGGGAAGGAUGAACGAGCUCGGAUCCGAGUGGAGCACAUUAUCCGUGAAGACUACCUUGUGGAGGCCAUGGAGAUCCUGGAGCUGUACUGUGACUUGCUGCUGGCUCGGUUUGGCCUCAUCCAGUCUAUGAAGGAGCUAGAUUCUGGUCUGGCUGAAUCUGUGUCAACACUGAUUUGGGCUGCUCCUCGACUCCAGUCAGAAGUAGCUGAGUUGAAAAUAGUUGCCGAUCAGCUGUGUGCCAAGUAUAGCAAGGAAUAUGGCAAGUUAUGUAGAACCAACCAGAUUGGAACUGUUAAUGACAGGCUAAUGCACAAACUGAGUGUGGAGGCUCCACCCAAAAUCUUGGUGGAGAGAUACCUGAUUGAAAUUGCCAAGAAUUACAAUGUGCCCUAUGAGCCUGACUCUGUGGUCAUGGCAGAAGCUCCUCCUGGGGUAGAGACAGAUCUUAUUGAUGUUGGAUUCACAGAUGAUGUGAAGAAAGGUGGCCCUGGAAGAGGAGGAGGUGGUGGGUUCACCACACCAGUUGGUGGACCUGAUGGAACAGUGCCAAUACCUAUGCCCAUGCCCAUGCCAUCUCCCGGUUCUCCUUUCUCAUAUCCACUUCCAAAGGGACCAUCGGAUUUCAAUGGAUUGCCAGUGGGGACUUAUCAGGCCUUUCCCAAUAUUCAUCCACCUCAGAUACCAGCAACUCCCCCAUCGUAUGAAUCUGUUGAUGACAUUAAUGCUGAUAAGAAUGUCUCUUCUGCACAGAUUGUUGGUCCUGGACCCAAGCCAGAAGCCUCUGCAAAGCCUCCUUCCAGACCUGUGGAUAACUAUGAUAAUUUUGUACUGCCAGAGUUGCCAUCUGUGCCAGACACACUACCCACUGCAUCUGCUGGUGCCAACACCUCAGCUUCUGAAGACAUUGACUUUGAUGAUCUUUCCCGGAGAUUUGAAGAGCUAAAAAAGAAAACAUAGGCCUUUAAACCAGGCCACUUCCAGUUUCUGGGAGUGGGGACUGAGCAGCAGCUUCUUGUAACAGAAUCUCCAUCAAAUUCAUUUCAUUUAUUAACCAUCACUGAGUGUACUCUUUUAUGGGCUCUCUUCCUGCUCUGCCAAAUUCUGCUGCUUUCCAGUUCUCUAUUGCUCCUAAGAGACUAAUGACUGGAGACUGUGAGGCUAGAGCAGCUGGUUUCUGGCAGCUGUGCUUGUCUGUUUCCUGUCAGUGUGACCCAGGUUCUCUUAUGGCCUGUUCCACAGUCCCUUCAUGGGAGAGUGAGAAGGUGAAAGCAUUGUGGGGAGAGCUGCCAUUGAUGGCUGGACAGUUGAGAAGAGCACUUCACAAAGUGUCUCAGCCAUGUGCUGAGUGCUAGACGUAGGAAAAAAAAAAACCUCUCUGCAGAGGGAUUUGUGGUGGGAGAGAAUGUGUUUUCUUGCUCUCUAAUAUGAGUAGGAGAGAGAGAAAAUGACUCAAGAAGACAUUGUAACGGUUCCUGGAAGUUGGGCCCUCUCAUUGGCAUAUACUCUACUCCUUGCUACAGGGCACCAUUCCACCUGGAUCCAGUUGCAAAGUUUAUUGGGAAAUUUGCUGGCCUCUCUUAGUUCUACUGGAUUCUCAGGGAAGCCCUCUGUGGCCUUUUGCUUUGAGUGCUGUUUCCUUUUUACCAGAGGGCAGCACUGUAAAUUCCUGUUUUUCCCUAUAGCAUGUUCUGUUGGAUUGCAUCACUGACAGAAGGACAGGCCACACAGUGGGCAGAAAUUGCCAUUCAAGGCUAGGAUGGGCAUCCAGCUGCCUUAAUUUAAGUACCCAAGUCUCUCUUGGGUAGUGAGCUGGAAAGCCUACAGGAGAAGUACUUGUUUUCAUUUGAAAACUUUAUGAUUGAAUGGAACUUUUAAAACUGAUCUCAGAUAAUUUUUUUGGUGCCCAUGUGGCUCUAGUAGUUCUCUGCUUCCCUGGAUGGAUGAGAUUCUUAUUAUUGUAACUUAUGUGCUCCUUUGCUCCCUGUCCAAGGCCAUCCUUCCCCACAGGGCUGGCUUUGGGAUUGGAAGAAGUGACUUUCUCUUCAGUGUAGUGUAUCUGUACAUACUUGUUUCAAGCAAUUUUUCUUCAGUGUUUUUGAUUGAUUUGUAUCUCAUAGCUCAGUAGCCGCUAAUAAAGACUCUGUGCCCUGCUUUCUCCAGUGGUCAAAUGAAGGACAAGUUUGGAUUUUAGUAGAGUGUUUUUGAAGCAAGCAGCCCAUGCUAGUGUGUGAGCCAGACCUCAGCUUUGGCUCCAUCAGGAAUGUGGCUGUCUGGAGCAGGAAUGCCAUUUGACCUCUGUAUUUAAGCCCAGAUGACACCUGAGAGUUUCCUUGCUUUGUGACAGUGUUCCCCCUCAGCCAAACCUCAUGCUUAUGUCUUUAUUUUGAUAAGCUGCAGUGAGCUCACUUCUUUUCUGACUCCUCCAUUUCCCAUGGCCAUCUGGGAACUUGGGUGAGGGGUGUUCUGGUACUUGCUGCUUGGCAGCAGAGCUGGUUUCUCCUGUAUCAUUCUUGCAGUGUUAGCUCUGUCCUGACAGUGCCAGGAUCAAUAAGCAUAGGAACUUGGAGCCAAGGUUAUUUUAAUUCCUGACUUACAGAAUUAAGAACAAAAUAUAUUACAUGCGUCUAUAAUUUUCUAAGAUAUGCCAUGCAAAGAAAGCAUUAAUAUGCUAAGAAUAAGAAGUAGUAAUAAGUUCAGAUAGGAGGUUGCAGGAUUAAGAGAGGCCAUCAUCUGAAACCUCAGUGCCAGUGCCCGCUGCUGUCAUGGCGGCUUGCUUAGACGAGGGUGUGUUCUGGUGCUGCAGGAUCCCUAAUAAACUCGAGAGCUUUUGUAGCAGCAUAUCUAUCAGUGCAGCUUCUUUCUGAGCCUAUUUGAGAAAAUUUAAAUCAUUACUAAUGUUGGAGAGAAAAAGUACUGAGGAUGCAAAAUUAUUUCCUUUAAUGAUUGGGUGUUGAGCAGGAGUGUUCCCACUACUUAAUGGUUGAGGGUCAGUGAUUUACAGGAGGGUAGAUAUAGAACAUAAUAUAAAAAAAAAGUAUUGGUAAAUUGGGUUUCCUCAGAAAAUGGUUGGCAGAGCUGUUGAGACUAAUAAAGGGAAUAUGGUAAUACUGUGCAUUAAGUUAAUUUGUAUUCUAAGAACAUUUGCAAUUUAAAUUUUUCCUUUAGUGACAUAUAAUAAAACCAAAAAACCCGAA